AGGCGUGUUGCCGUCGGUGCGGGGGGGGAGGAAGAUGGCGGCGGGGCGCUGAGGGGACGGGACCGGGCCGCCUCGCACCGCACCGCGCCGCGCCGGAGACCCGAGCCAGGAAAGCCGAGCCGAGGUCCCCGGUGCGUUCCGGGCCGUUCCGCCCUGCUGACGGACCCCCCCAUGGCCGCGGGGCCGGCCCAGGAGCCGCGACCUCGUUGGGCCUUCUCGGGCCGCGCCGCUCCCGGGCCUCGCCGAGGCAGCGGCCCGCUGAGCCCCGCAGCCUGGCCCGGUCCCCGCCAGGCCUGACCCGCCCUCCGCUCCCGAGGCCUCUGCGCGCAGGAGCCCGGGCUGGGCCCGGGGCGGCGGCGGCCCCUGAGGAGAGCGGGCCGGGGGCAGCGCCCGACCUGGGGCCUCUCCCCGGCCCUUCAGCGGCAGCGCUUGACUCGCCCCGAGGAGCCCAGCGGAGGAGCGGCUCCUCCGGCCCGUGUCAGGAUGUCCGAGAACCAGCCCAACGCCAACAACCACCACCCGGCCAACAACAACGGGGGCGGUGGGGCUGUCGGGGGGAACAACCGGGGUGUCCGCAAUCCCAACCUCAACCAGAACCCCUUGAUCAAUGUGCGCGAUCGCCUCUUCCACGCGCUCUUCUUCAAGAUGGCAGUGACCUACGCUCGCCUCUUCCCACCCUCCUUCCGACGCGUCUUCGAAUUCUUCGUCCUCCUCAAGGCUCUCUUCGUGCUCUUCAUCCUGGCUUACAUUCACAUCGCCUUCUCCCGCUCGCCCAUCAACUGCUUGGAGCACGUGCGAGAGAAAUGGCCGCGCGAUGGCAUCUUACGGGUGGAAAUACAGCGCAACUCGAGCCGAGCCCCCAUCUUCCUGCAAUUCUGUGGUGUUGAGAAGUUCCCAGGAAUGGUAGUUGAGUCCACAGCUGACGAAGAGGAGGAGGAAGAGGAGGAAAUGACUGUGGAUAUGUUUGAAAACAGCUCUGUCAAGUUUGAGCUGGACAUUGAGCCCAAGGUGUUCCUCAAGCCUUCCCGGGUGAGCAGCACAGAGGCACUGACCCACAACGAAAGCCAGGAGUUCUCAUUUAGUGAAGCAGCCACUAAAGGUAUGCAGCCUCUGAGGGAGACUGUGUCCGAGUUUGAGAUGCUAGCCAGAGCAGUGUGGCCGCAGGAAGAGUACAUUGUGGAGUACUCGCUGGAGUACGGGUUUUUGCGCCUGUCCCAGAGCACUCGCCAGCGCCUCAGCAUCCCGGUCAUGGUGGUGACUCUGGAUCCUACCAGGGACCAGUGCUUUGGGGACAGGUUCAGUCGCCUGCUGCUGGACGAGUUCCUGGGUUAUGACGACAUCCUGAUGUCAAGUGUCAAAGCUUUAGCUGAAAAUGAAGAAAACAAAGGUUUCCUUCGCAAUGUGGUGUCUGGGGAGCACUACCGCUUUGUCAGCAUGUGGAUGGCUCGGACUUCGUAUCUGGCAGCCUUUGUCAUCAUGGUCAUAUUUACUCUGUCCGUUUCGAUGCUGUUGCGCUACUCGCACCAUCAGAUCUUUGUCUUCAUUGUUGACCUGUUGCAGAUGCUGGAAAUGAACAUGACGAUUGCGUUCCCUGCAGCUCCCCUCCUCACUGUCAUUCUGGCUCUCGUAGGUAUGGAGGCCAUUAUGUCAGAGUUCUUCAAUGACACCACAACCGCGUUUUACAUCAUCCUGAUUGUGUGGCUGGCUGACCAGUACGAUGCGAUCUGCUGCCACACCAAUACGAGCAAGAGGCAUUGGCUCAGGUUCUUCUACCUGUACCACUUUGCCUUCUAUGCUUACCACUACCGAUUCAACGGGCAGUACAGCAGCCUGGCUCUCGUCACCUCGUGGCUCUUCAUCCAGCACUCGAUGAUUUACUUCUUCCAUCACUACGAGCUGCCGGCCAUUCUCCAGCAGAUCAGGAUCCAGGAGAUGCUGCUGCAGAACCAGCAGGUGGGCCAGGGGACCCAGACAACACUCCAGGACAACCUCAACAACAACACUACGGCUGCCCCGGUUGAUGUGGGGAGCCGCCGACCCCACCUGCCCGCCGGACCCUCCGGGGAGAGCAGCAGCCCGGCUGCGCUGACUCCCAGCGAGGCCUCCAGCGUCAUCGCCGCUGCCACAGCGGCGUCUGUUGGCAGCGAUCUGAACUGGGUAGCUGAGACAGCCGCCAUCGUUACAGAAGCCUCUUUUCUCUCUGACCUGAGCUCUACCCUCCUGGAGCCAAACGUGGUGCGCGAAGCCACGGCCAGUGGGAGCCCUCAGGAUGCUGCCGCUGCCUCCAGUCUGGUCGCCCGCAUCAGGGUCAGCAGCGACCACCCGGAGUCGGCCGUGGGCUCCAUCACCAUUGAGGUCACUUCAACAUCUGUGGUGGCCGCGGCGGCAGAUGUUCCCCCCGCCGCAGAGGCGGCACCAGCUGCGCCCCUCGUCCCGCCGCAGGAGGAGGGGGCCUCCGUCCCCAGCCCUCCCCUCCCUGAGCAGACUGUGGCUGCCGAGGGCGCAGCCAGCCAAGCCAAACCUAGCGGCAAGAACUGCCUUGCAAAGAGCAGCGCGGCAGAGACCCCUCCAGCCUUUGUGGAGGACGCUGAUCAGGACAGACGUCUGGGUCGCGCUCUUGGGGACCGGGGGGAAAGCAGCCCUUGCCCAGCACCAGCGGAUAGUACGCCGAGCUCCAAACCUUGCUCGGAGCCAGACUUGAGGAGCCUGUCUUGAGUCCCUGCUACUGUGAUCCUGGACCACCAGGAAGGCGUUUGGAUUUUGUUUGUUACUGUUUCUCACUUCACCAUCAUCCUUAACCCAUGAAUUCCUCUUAGCGGAGGCAGAGCAGCUGGGACGGAGAAGAGGUGCUGCAGUGAACUCCCCCGGGAAAAAGCACGUGUGCGCUUGUGCGCGAGCGGCUGACGCGCGGGGCUGCGGGGUGGGGGGCGAGGCCUGCGAGGCUCGGGGGCGAGCAGGCUGCCCGCCCGAGCCCUGCCGUCGGCCCCGCGCCCCAGCCUUUCGCUGCCCCCGCUUUGCCCGCUGCGGUGGCGUUCGCAGUCCCGGUGCCGCUCACGAGCGUGAGCUCACUUGUGACAGACACGCGUGUGCGGCAGCUUUCUGGUUAGAAUAGCGGCCUUGGGCGAGCAGGGAGAGCGUCUUCAGACAUCCUUGGGAGAGCCACAGAAGGCAGAGGAGAAACCUGGUAAGCUUUCCUUCUCCUUAAGGGGAAAAGGAGCUUAAGACCUUCCCCAAACACUAGAUCUGCUCACGCCAGGGCAAAGCUGGGCAAUAACCAAAGCAGAAACUGCAGUUCAGCCCCAUUUUCUUCUCUCUCUGAACUUUCCUUGGUCAGCAGGUUUGGGGUAGAAGCUGCCGUCUCCAGGUUAGAGCUUCCAUCCCAGGAGAUGCAUUUGGCUGGGCUUGGAAGCAGCGGGGUCGAUUCCUGUGCAGGUCAGCCACGGACAAAUGCUGUCCCUUCCGCUGCGGGGGCUUUGGGAAUUUGGCCUCUCUCAGAGGUGUGUGGCCAGCAUAAAGCGGGAGCUCGUGGCACAGGCGGACGGUCUCCAGUGAGAUCUGCUGGGAACUGAUGCGCAGCGUCGGUGUCUGUAGCGCCGUUCGGGACGAGGAGGGCAGCAGCUCUGUCUCCGUACAGCUCUGCUUUCGGCACCUGCCCCGUGGGUGAAGAAGUUUGCUUUCCAGUGCCUUGUCCCUGCAGUGGGACACGUUUGCAUUUAAGAUCAGCCCCAUCCCAGAGGAGGGAUCAGCUUUUCCCUGGCUGAACUCUUGCAUGAGAUGGUUUAGCAAAGAACCAAAACACUAAAUCCAAGACAUUUCAGCUCAUUUUUCCCUCAUUUCCCCGGCAGCAGAGGUGAAGCUGGCUGUACCCGACCCCUCCACGAGCCUUGGUGCCGUGGGGCUGGGGCGGGGACUGGCCCCCCAAGGGCAGGCUGGCCCCGAGCGAGGAUAUAGCUGGAAGGAGGUUUGUGCUUGUAGGUAGAGCUGCACAGAGCAGGAGUCUCGUGUGUAGGGCUGAGAGGAGGUCGGGAGAGCUGUGGUGGAAAAGGGAGGUGGGGCGUGGGGCACUCUGCUCUCGGGGGCAGCUGGGUCGCUGCAGAAGUGGCCCGAGUUUAGCCUCUCCCCACAGCUGGGCAGCACCUGUGGAGUCCGUCUCCCUUGGAGGGCUCGUGUCUGCAUUUCGGUGUCUUCCACCAGGAAAGGGUUUCCACGUCAGCGCCCUGGGGGGCUCAGAGCCCCCCGCUUCACUUCCUCUGCAUUUCCCACCCAGGUGCCCCCUUUUUCUUUCUCAUUUUGUCUCGAGGAGCCCCGUUGCUCUGGGGAAGGGGGUAGCCUGCCCGUGACCAGGGCGUCGCGUCCUUCUGCAGCCAGCCUUCCUGGGAAGGGCCUCGCUGGCAGCGGGCUCCCUGCCUGCGGCGAGGACGUGCCAGGGCGCCGGAGAGCAAGGGAUAAUCGUAGGCUUUUAAGAGGAGACGGUGGGUGGGAAGGGAAGGGGGGGGAAACAAACCAAAUGAUUUGAUGAAUUAAGAGUAGAGUUCAUUCUAUUUAAGAAGUGUUUGUAUAUAAUAAAUAUUAUUAACAGCU